GGUCCUCGUGGGUGCGGGGCGCGCGCACCAUGGCCACCGGGCGGCCUCCGGGCUCGCGGGCGCGGCGCCGGGGCUACAGGCGCGGUGGUUAGGCGCACCCCAGCACGUUUGUGCGGGCUAUGGGGGAGCCUGGGCGCGAGGAGUACAAGAUCCAGUCUUUCGACGCUGAGACCCAGCAGCUGCUGAAGACGGCCCUCAAAGACCCGGGUGCCGUGGACUUGGAAAAAGUGGCCAAUGUGGUGGUGGACCAGUCCCUGCGCGACUGUGUGUUUUGCAAGGAAGCAGGACGCCUGUGCCAUGCCAUCAUCCAGGCCGAGAGCAAGCAGUCAAGCCAGAGCCUCUUCCGGCGUGGCCUCCUCAACCGGCUGCAGUGCGAGUUCCAGGCCCGGGAGCAGCUCCGCACCCGCUCGCCACAGGCUUGGGUCUGCUAUGUCACCUUCAUCUGUAACAUCUUCGACUACCUGAGGGUCAACAAUAUGCCCAUGAUGGCUCUGGUGAACCCUGUCUACGACUGCCUCUUCCGGCUGGCCCAGCCUGACAGCCUGAAUGUGGAGGAGGAGGUGGACUGCUUAGUGCUGCAGUUGCACCGGGUCGGUGAGCAGCUAGAGAAAGUGAAUGCACAGCGCAUGGACGAGCUCUUUGUCCUCCUCCGGGAUGGCUUCUUGCUGCCCACGGGCCUCAGCUCACUGGCCCAGCUGCUGCUGCUGGAGAUCAUCGAGUUCCGGGCGGCUGGUUGGAGGACCACCCCGGCCGCCCACAAGUAUUACUACAGCGAGGUCUCGACCUAGAACUAGGCCUGACCAGGGACACUCCCGCUCACCAGGCACUGGAUCCAGGACCAGCCCCUCCACACCCUACCCCCUACCACCAUCUUUGUGCCUCAGUUGCCCAUCUGUAAAAUGGGCCCCACAGCUGUUGGCAGUACGUGCACACACACACACACAGGCACCGCUUUGGACACACAGGUCCUGGAAAGCUCACAGCAGCAGGUUUAAUGGGGGGGUGGCGGGGUGGGAGUGAGGGGGUACUGCCUAGGCCAAGGGGGUUUGCGGGCAGAUUUUCUAAUAAACCUUUGCUUACACUACAAA